CUCAUAUGAGAAUCCACACAGGGGUGAGGCCAUACAGCUGCGGACAGUGUGAUAGAAAGUUUACCACUAAAGCUAACCGGGACAGACAUGAAGCUACUCAUGUUGGUUUGAAACCUUUUCAGUGCAAUCAGUGCAGUAAGAGUUUCACAGAGAAACGUUCCCUGAAGAUUCACAUGCGGACUCAUACAGGGGAGCGUCCUUUUGUCUGUGAUGUUUGCGGUCAGCGUUUCACUCAAAAAUGCACCCUGCAAGUACACAUGGACAGACACACCAACAAGAAAGGUCAUCUGUGUGACCUGUGUGGCAAGGCUUUCCGGCAGAAGUGUCAGCUGGAUGUUCAUGUGAAGCGACACAACAGACAAGCAUUGUACCCAUGUCACGAAUGCUCCACAAAGUGCUACACAAAAGGUGAUUUGGUGAGACACAUGAUAAAACAUACUGGCGAGAGGCCCUUUCAUUGUAAACUAUGUCCAAGGGCCUUCACUCGUAAACAGUAUCUAAUGGACCAUGAGAACCAACAUUAUGGACGCAAGCCGUAUCGUUGCAGUGUCUGCUCUGCUACAUUCCAUGAUAUGGGCUCUUGCCACCGACAUCUGAAGAAACAUAAGCUGGAGAAGGAUGGAGAUGACAGCAAGAGCCCAACACACUCUGCUAUGCUUAGCAGUAGUGACUUUCACAGGAUUCUUGAGGGAACACAGAUUGGGCAGAUUCUGAAGCUGGAUGAUGGAUCUGAUGCUUUGGUCAAAGCCGUGGUCUCUGAAGCAGAUGGCAGCACUGUAUAUCACAUUACCUGUUUAGGAAAAUCAGAUGAAAAGUGA